AAGUUAUGCAAUGUGCUGAGGGGGUAGUCGUUAAUGCGAAGAUGGUUGUGAGCAUUAAACACCUACUGACAGGGAUGAACCGAAAUGUGGACGCGGUGGCAGUCGCAGUAACGGCCGUCAGCAGGCUAUUCCUCGGUGUUUUAUUAUUCCCGUGGUCACCGUGGUGUCGUUCAUUGGACCGGGGUGUCGGAUCUGUAGCAUUAGAUGGCGGAGUUAUGCCCCAAGGGUCUGUUUCAUUUGAAGGUACAUGCAGGGGGUCCAUUGCGUUGGAUGGUGGUGCCAUGCAUGAUGGGUUCGUUUCACUUUGAGGAAGGAGUGGCCACCCAAGAGGGGUCAGUGGUGUUCAAUGAUAGGCACCAUAUCGGGAUCAUAGUAGAGUUGGAUGACCUAGAGGACGACGGGCCGGUGGCGUUCGCUGGGCGGAGCGGCAUCGCGGAAUUUGUCGAGUCUCCUGAGGACACCGACGGAUUAGUCGAGAAAUUUUCCAGAUCCGGUGGGUUUCAGCAUGAGCGCUGCAUCCCGGGGGUUAUUAAAUGCGUUCACGAACGGUUGAAGGGGGAAACGACAAAGCGGAUAGUUUAUCCUCUUCAACUUUGCGGAUCCUAUAUAUGCACAGCUCCACCGCCUCUCGCGGAGUGGUUCCCAGACUUCCGAUACUCCGCACGACAUGCUGGAACAAGCCCUGGCAGUGCCUCAUGGAGUUUUGAGUGGAGGCCCCCAAACCUCCUCCGGAUCUUCCUUACGGAAGGAGCUUGUCGAAGAACAGCACCAGCAAGAUUGACUAAGAGCAGGCGGUCACAUCCGUAUUUGCAGUAGCAAUCAAGUGUGAUUCAAGUUGUGUACUGAGAUACCGCCGGUGGUGACCAUCUCCCUCUGAUCAUAAUCUGAAUCGCGACCCCGAGAAUGCGAAUGUGAAUCACAGUUGCGCGAUGAAGGCUGGCUCUGCAUCAUGUAGUUGUUGAAUGUGAGGGAGUCCGAAAAAAAGAAAUUAUUUGUACGUGAAGUAUGUCUCGUUAUCCCAAGAACUGAAGAUAUUCUUGGCGAAUUUAUGCAGGCCAUUAGUAUGUUGGGUGAUCCAAUCGGAGUGUCCUCAAG